AUGAUUCACGAUUCUAUCCGUAUUGUCUUUCUCGCUUGCUUCUUAACUCUCUCUCACUUUUCCCUCUCUCUCACUCCCUCUCUUCAUCAGUCUAUCUUUUUCUUUCUAGCUUCUUUCCUUUGUUUUUCUUUCUUUCUAGUUCUGUCAUCUACACUCUCUCUAUUUAUCGAUAACAUACUUAGGUUCUCUAUCUCUCUGUUUUUCUUUUUCCCUCUCUUUAAUUUAUAUUCUCUAUCAUUCUGUUACUUAUCUCUCUCUUUUUUUCACUUCAUCUCUCACUCAUCGUGUGUGUGUGUGUGUGUCUCUUUUCCACUUUCUCUUUCUAAUUCGCUUCUGAUUUUUCUCUUUCUUUCUAUAUCUGUCGACCACAUCCCUCCCUCUGUUUCUCUUUCUUUCUCUUUCUCUCGACCACAUUCUCUGUAUCUAUCUUUCCCAUACUUUCACUCUCUAUCUAACCGUUUCUCUUUCUUUCUCUUGAAUUCCUACUUUCUCUAUCUAUCACCCUUUCUCUCUCUCUCUCUCUCUCUCUCUCUCUCUCUCAUUUUCUCACUUUGUCAACCUUUAUCUCUCUCCCUCUCUUUAUUUCUUUUUGUCUAA